UCAGAUAGAUCCAGGAAGUGAUGUUUUCUCGUUCAAUGCUUUAUUUCUUUCAUUUUUUAUUCAUUAACUGGUUUUCGCCUUUAAAUGGAUUAGAAGUUUACCUCAGUUGGUCUGUUUAGUCGCAUCUCUAUGAAUAGCUGUAAUUUCCGGGAACUGUUGAGAGCCUGCAUGAACGCUCCAUUCGUUGACGCAACUCUCUCUUUCGAUGGCUCUGAUAGGGUGUGAUUAGCGGCUCAGUGGGUGUGUCUCAUGCUUGAUGUGUGUCCGGAUGCCGCCGUACAGCCAUAUAAACAAGAGGUGUGAAUUAUUCAGCGCUUUCCUGCCCGUAUGAAGUCACAUGAUAGCGUGACCCUGAGUGAAGCACAGAAAAAUGUCUGUCAGAGAUCAAGUGAAACGUGAACACCCCUCACACACCUUCACAUGACACACGAGACGUGACACCCGACACGCUCCAGCGUCCUCUCGCUCCUCUUGUCUUUCCAGGAGCCGUUUGUGUUUCAGUCUGCGCUGGUCCUCCAUCACGCUCAGGUGUGUUUGAGACGUCGUGUUCCUGCUCCGCUCUCUCCGGCCCACACACCACAGUCUCUUCAGCGACGUCAUGGCCGUACGAGGCACCAUCCCUCCUCCGGAUUAUUACCCCUUCGACAUUGCUCUGUCUGCGCAGCCGCCUGAAGAUCUGCAGGGCUUUUACAAGGGCAGCGCACACAUGCUGAGCAGAUCAGGAUCUCAUUAUGGGCUGGCGUCAGGAGGGGUCAGGUCCGCCUGGGAUCAAGGGCAAGCCAGAGCGACUACUCCAGGUCCCGUGGCCGGUCCUCCCCCCCCUCCUCCUCCCCCGCCCUCGGCUCAUGAGAUCAGCCGCUUGUACAGGGAUUCUCUGGCUGUCAAGAUGAUUUCAGAUAAUCAGCGUGCUCGCAGUAGAGCCGCCUCACCCGCCUGCUUCGGUAUCGAGUCCGGCCCGUCCAGGUAUCUGGGCGAGACGUUUCAUUCUGCGUACGGCGACGUCAACGGCCUCCCCCUGGAGUCCUGUCAGCCCCCCUCCACCUGUAUAAUGAUGGACCCCACUGGUCCGGUCAUGGAUGGGAAUCUCUCCCGAGGGACUCCGGCUUAUGGCUCCGUGGCAACGCAGAGGAUGCCCUACGACCCCGCUUACGACCCCAACCUGGCGAUGGCGCCCGGUGCAGCGACGAUGCCGGUCCACCACCCUUCGGGGGCUGUUUCGGCAGACCCGAAGAAAAACGUGGAUCCGGGGUUUCUGACUCUACUACGCUCGGAGGGACUGUCGGAGAGCACCAUUACUCUGCUCCUGCAGCAGGGCUUUGACUCUACUGGCAUGCUGGCCGUGAUGGAAGACCAUGACGUACGCUCGGUGGUGCCCAACUUGGGACAGGCGCGCAUGCUGUCUCGACUGGUCAUCAGCUGUAAGACGGGAACAAGCAGUGCUGCCUCCGUCCUGAGGGGUCGCUCCAACAGCUUCAGCCACCGCAGCGACCUGUACAUGCAGCCUCAGGCCCUCGGCGUGGACGGCCACUUGGUUCAACAGCAACCGCCCACCGCCCUCCAGUCAACCUCGCCGAGAAUGGGCGAGUUUCUUGGCCGCCGGCCGUGCAGUGCUCCUUCUCAGCAUCUGCUGGAAACCGCCGCGUACCCGGCGGCGCGUCCGCUUGGGGGGCUUCCCGCCAGUCCUGCCGGUUACGGUGGGGGGUUGCCGCAGACGCGCCCCCUCUCCAUGUACACCAACAGCCACGCUGGCAUCGCCGCAUCCGCUCAACAGCAGCCCGUGGCGCCCAAGACCUUCUCAGGCACCUACACGCCCAUGGAGCUGAUGAAGCGUCCUGUGAAUCUUCCUCCCGUGUCUCCGGGUCACAGUCCUCAUCACAGUCCUCAGUUACUGCGGAAGGGAGGCGCGCCUGUGGACGCUGGCGUUCUUCAGGUCUCUUCUGCCCUGCAGACUCACACCCUCAAUCCAAACAACAUGCUGAGCCGUCGAACCGGACCGCCCGUCAUUGUGUCCACCAUGUCUUCUCCUGACGCAAAUAAUAGAUCUCAGAUCAUGAAUGGUCCGCUUCAUCCUCGUCCUCUGGUGGCUCUAUUAGACGGUCGAGACUGUACAGUGGAGAUGCCCAUCCUGAAAGAUCUCGCCACUGUGGCCUUCUGUGACGCACAAUCCACACAAGAGAUUCACGAGAAGGUGUUAAAUGAGGCUGUUGGUGCGCUGAUGUAUCACACGAUCACUCUGACACGAGAAGAUCUGGAGAAGUUUAAAGCGCUCAGAAUCGUCAUACGGAUCGGCAGCGGAUACGAUAACAUCGACAUCAAAGCUGCAGGAGAGCUCGGUAUCGCAGUGUGUAACAUUCCGUCGGCAGCAGUGGAGGAGAGCGCAGAUUCCACUCUGUGUCACGUGUUGAAUUUGUACCGGAGGAACACGUGGUUGUAUCAGGCGCUGCGGGAGGGCACACGCGUGCAGAGUGUGGAGCACAUCCGUGAGGUGGCGUCAGGAGCUGCUCGUAUCCGUGGAGAAACACUCGGACUCAUCGGCUUCGGUCGCACGGGUCAGGCUGUGGCAGUGAGGGCGAAAGUGUUCGGCUUCACUGUGAUCUUCUAUGACCCGUAUCUACAGGACGGGCUGGAGAGAUCUCUGGGUGUUCAGCGUGUGUACACACUGCAGGAUCUGCUGUAUCAGAGCGAUUGUGUGUCUCUGCACUGUAACCUGAACGAACACAAUCAUCAUCUCAUCAAUGACUUCACCAUCAAGCAGAUGCGUCAGGGGGCGUUCCUGGUGAACACAGCGCGGGGCGGUCUGGUGGAUGAGAAAGCUCUCACUCAAGCUCUGAAAGAAGGACGAAUACGAGGAGCUGCUCUCGAUGUGCACGAGAUCGAACCCUUCAGUUUUGCUCAGGGCGCUUUGAAAGACGCUCCUAAUCUGAUCUGUACUCCACACACGGCCUGGUACAGUGAACAAGCGUCUCUAGAGAUGAGAGAAGCAGCAGCCACAGAGAUACGCCGAGCCAUCACAGGUCGAAUUCCAGACAGUCUGAGGAACUGUGUGAAUAAAGAGUUCUUCAUCAGCUCGGGCGUGUGGGGCGUCAUGGAGCAGCAGGGGGUUCAUCCUGAACUCAACGGACAACAAUACAGCCAAGUCAACCAAUCACUACAAGCCAUCACUACCGGCUUCGCCCCUCAAGACAAACUCAAUGCUUGAAUGAAGAGCAGGUGAUUGGUCAGUGUGGCAUCAGAUGGCAGUCCAGCGGGUGGGGUGUGUCUGGUGUCAGGCAGGCUGUCAGAAGCCCAGUCACAGACGCACUUACCAAACACAACAAGACCAAAGAAGAUGAGACAGAGCAACACACACAAAGGGAAUUGAUGUUUUUAAUGUGCCCCUCCUCCUCAAAGACAAAACAUUGAUUAACACAAACACUUUAUUUGACAUUUCUUAUGACAGUCUGUGAUUAGAUCAUUUCAUCGGACACACAUGCAUGAUGUGUAGUUUUCUUCUGCUCUGUUUGUUUAUCGGUCUGGCUUGUGUCUAAUAAUAUAACUAUUUAUAUUUUGUUGAAUUUAUCUUAAUACUAAUUGAUCUUAUUAUUUGAUUGUAUGAUCAUUAUAAUAAAUUAACAAUCUAAUGGGUCCUUUAGUUUGGUCGCAUUUAAAGAAACUGUGUGGUACACUGACAUCUAGCGGUUGAGUUUGGUAUCGCAGUCCAAAUUCUAAAUAUUGGAGAAACGAGUUUAGCCAAUUAAUACUUCCUCUGGGUUUCUUUUAUUGUUAUCAGAAAUAAUCUAAAGGUGCUCUUUCAUUUGCAGAAAUUUAAGUCCCUGGGAACCGGAAGUUGCGAUCGUUUUUACUUCCGUAUUCUGACGCAUUCUGCAACCUUUAGCCAAAAUAGCGUAACGGCUUAUGCUAACGCACUGACUUCAGCGGAACGCAAUUAAGGACACCAGAUGCUAGUUUUUAAUGGGCGGGAAAAUCGACUGAGAAAAAUAGUGGGCGGGACUUGUGUUUUUCUUUGCGAUCUGAUUGGUUGUCACGCUUGUUUAUGUUGUUGCUUUAAAAUACGCACACACUCACGGACACACACACACUCAAUCACACACACACUAACACUCACAUGCACACACUCACAAGCACCCAUGCACACACACACGCACACACACACACACACCCAUGCACACUCGCGCACACUCACAUGCAAACACACACCGAUGCACGCUCACAUACACACAAUCACGUACACCCAUGCAUACACACACACACACACACACACACACCGAUGCACACACACCCAUGCAUACACACACACACACACACACCGAUGCACACACGCAUACACACAAUCACGUACACAAACACACACACCCAUGCACACUCGCGCACACUCAAAUGCAAACACACACCGAUGCACGCUCACAUACACACAAUCACGUACACCCAUGCAUACACACACACACACACCGAUGCAAACACACCCAUGCAUACACACACACACACACCGAUGCACACACGCAUACACACAAUCACGUACACAAACACACACACACACACCCAUGCACACUCGCGCACACUUACAUGCAAACACACACCGAUGCACGCUCACAUACACACAAUCACGUACACCCAUGCAUACACAUACACACCGAUGCACACACACCCAUGAAUACACACACACACCCAUGCACACACACCCAUGCAUACACACACACACACAAUCACGUACACAAACACACAAAUCUUUUAAGUAAUACUCCAGUCUGCACAUCAUGUGUCAAUAAAAAUAAGAAUAUUAAGAGCCAUUGACCAGCAAGUGAACACUGAUGGAGUAAAAGGAAAUAUUGUGUGUGUGUGUGUGUGUGCGUGCGUGCGUGCGUGCGUGCGUGCGUGUGUGUGUGUGUGUGUGUGGUGCACAGAAUAAGAACAGCAGAUGAAGGUUGUUUCAUAUUUGAUGUUCUGAGAGUUUGUGUUUUUUUCUUCAUUCUGCUAAAUGACUCAGGAAAAUCACAUUUCUCAUUUUCUAUCCCCUGCUUUUGUAUUUUAAAGAGCAGAAAAGUAAAACGUGUUAGUAUUUUUAUAAAGCAACAUCAUAAUAUUUCAAGAAGUACUGAAUAUUUAAAAACAAGUGUUUUUCUAUCGAUAAAUGUUCUUAUUUAACCACGCAGCGCUUCUCAGCUGGUGUGUAUUAGGUCUGAAUUAAAGGUGAUGUGAAACAAACACACGAUGUGACGCAUAGUGCUCAGAAAUUGGACACUACACAACGUAUUAUGUUUAUGAACAUUUAUUGUUCUCUACAUGAAUGUGUUUUGUGUCGACAUUCAUGUGUUUUUGUGCUAUACCGUUCAUCUUAACACAUUUUUAUGUUUGAGAACAUUUUUGUUUGACUUCUGUUCUUACACAAAACUAGUUGAGAAGCGCUGUUGUUUGAAACUCUGUUCUGUCUCAUUUCUUUGGUUUAUUUUGAGAUUGUGUGUUUGUCUAACAGAAAGAGAUAAACUGACACAAGCAGAAGCGUGAGGUUGUUUUAUUGUGAUUGUAUCUGUUUCUGGUACAAACUGACCAUUAAGUGUUUAACACAAUUGAAUUAAAACAUGCAGUUCUGACA